CGCCCAGUCGGCGUUUGGCGAGUCCAGGAGCGGUGUGCGUGACGCGGCCCCGUCGCCCCCGCCCCCAGCCUCUCCACCCCCCCCCAGCCCUGCUUUGCUUUCCUCCCCACCGCGGCCCUUCCCUGCGCGUGGGGCGGGCGAGGCUGAGGGGCGAUUGGCCAGCAGCCGAGUCCUCGCCAACUUCCCCCAGACCUUUGCGCCGCCGGGGAGGAGAGCGCGCGCGCAACGAACCUCCCAUGGACCCAAAAAAGUGCUGGGUUUCAAGGAUCAGGACGUCCCAGACCUCACUAAGCAAACCAAAUUGCAGUUUCUGAGGUGGGUGUCGUUCAGCGCAUGUCUUCUGAGCGUGGAUGUUGUGUGUUCAAAGAUGAGUCCCCUUUGCAGGCUACGCUGGGGGUAAACACUUUCCCUCUUGGAGUGCCCCUUCCAGGUCACCGCCGCCUUCUGCUGCUGUUGCCUCCCUUCUGCCCAGCUGCACCAUGGAUAGAUGAUCUUGGCCCCGUCCCGCCAUGCUGCAGUCGCGUGGCCGCUACCUACUGCUCUUCCUGGGGGUGCAGCUGGUGGUGAUGGCCCUUCUGUACCGCGAGGGCUACCGCAAGCGGGUUGCCUAUUUCCUGGGCAUCUUCUACAAGGCGGGCACAUCAACUAUGCUGAGCAACCUGCACAAUGUCUCGCUGCCAGGGGAUGUCUAUGCCAACCUCAGCCUGAUUGCUCGGCCCCCUCUGCCCCCAGAGGACCUCCCUUACUGCCCCGAGACAUCUCCUUUUCUUGGAGGCCCCAUUCGGGUGACCUUCCCCCCAGGCCUGUCGCUGGACGAUAUUUUGCGGAAGAAUCCUUACGUGAGCAAAGGCGGACGCUACCGCCCCCCAGAUUGUGACGCCACCCACAAAACUGCCGUCAUCAUUCCCCACCGCAACCGGGAGCAGCAUCUCAAGUAUCUGCUCUACUACCUGCACCCUUUUUUGCAGCGGCAGCAGCUCAGCUAUGGCAUUUACAUCAUUCACCAGGCAGAGAACUACACUUUCAACCGGGCCAAGCUCUUGAAUGUGGGUUUCAAAGAGGCCAUGAAGGAUGAGGAUUGGGACUGCAUGUUCUUCCAUGACGUGGACCUCAUCCCUGAGGAUGACCGCAACCUGUACACCUGUGACCGCUUUCCAAAACAUGUGGCUAUUGCCAUGGACAAGUUUGGCUACAAGCUUCCCUAUAAGACCUACUUUGGGGGAGUUUCAGCGCUCAGUCCAGAGCAGUACAUGAAGAUGAACGGCUUUCCCAACAAUUACUGGGGCUGGGGUGGAGAAGACGACGACAUCGCAGUCCGGGUGGCACUGAGUGGGAUGUUGAUCUCUCGUCCAUCUAUUCAGUACGGCCGUUACCGAAUGAUCAAGCAUGGCCAUGAUAAAGGCAAUGAACAGAAUCCUAAGAGAUUUAACUUGCUGGCCAAAACACGGAGAACAUGGAAGCAGGAUGGUAUGAACACGCUGGAAUACAAGCUACUCUCCAAGGAACUCUACCCCCUCUAUACCAACAUCACAGUCUUCAUUGGUACCGAGAAAGGUCUGCGGCAUACGUGAUGGGAAUUACCAUGCAGUGGCACAAGAUAAGAACCCCACCCCGAGCAUGGCUCUGGGACCCCGGAAACCAAAGAAUCCACAGGGGGCAGAGCCCUGAACCACCUGUCAUUUUUUAAAAAUGUGAACACAAGAGUCUGUCUGGUGCUGCAUUCCAGAAAACGGCUGGGAGCUUCACACGAAGACUGUCUCCUCUUCCUCCCCCCUUCCCAGAAUUGCUCUUUUAAUCUUGGGGCUGAGUAUGGGGGGAGGCGUCCGACUCUCGGGGAGUUGGUUUGGGGGAUGCCUUUCAUACCUCGGUUGAACGAAUGGCAUGGCAGCUUCACCAGAGAAACAGGGACUGUCGAACUCUGCAGCUGCCACACCAGAUCAUCUUUCUUAUUAAAGUGCAAUUUAUAUUAAAGUG